AUGAUGAUAUUUAAAAAGAGAAAUCUAACUAAAUUACCUGAAAUAUACAAUAAUAAUAAAAAUAAAAAAUCUAAACUACCUAGGUUUAGUUUAAUUGGCUUAUCAAUCAUCCCAAUCUUCACUUUCUACCUUGGUUGUUGGCAAGUUAAAAGAUUAGAUUGGAAGUUAAACUUAAUUGAAGAAUUAGAUGAAAAAUUAAACUAUGAGGCUUUACCUUUACCUAGAAGUAUCGAUACAACAAAGUUAGACGAAUUCGAAUACAGAAAAGUAUCCACUUCUGGUACUUUAUCUGCCGAUAGUAUACAAGUUAAACCUAGAAUUUUCAACGGUGAAACUGGUAUUCAUUUAAUACAACCUUUAUUGAGAAAAGGUGCUUCAACUAUCUUGAUAAAUAGAGGUUUCUUAUCUAAUGAUAAAAUUGAAAAUUAUCUUAGAAAUUUGAAAGAUCAAUAUGUUGAUAUAACUGGUAUGCUGAGAUUAUCACAAAAGAGAAACUUUUUCACACCAAAUAACAAUCCUUCGCUAGGAGAAUGGUUUUGGGUUGAUUUACCUGCAAUAGCUAAUCACUUUAGUCAAAGAUUAAAUAUUCCUAUUGAUGAUGUUUUAAUUGAUGAAAUUUAUGAUGGUUUACCAAAUCAUCACUUAUUAAAUGGUAUACCUGUAGGUAGACCAUCUAAAAUUGAAUUAAGAAAUCAACACGCUAUUUACGCUCUGACUUGGUUUUCAUUGAGCUUUUUCACAACUGCUUUACUUUAUAGAUUAACAAAACGUACAAGUGGUUUGAAACUCAUGAAUAAUAAAUAACUUAAUAAUAAUACAUUUGCGGUCUAGUGAUAGAGUUCACUAUAUUGUUAUAAUACUCGUAAUAGCUUGGUAUACUUGAACUUAACAUAGGUUGCAAAGACGAUCUUGGAGUUGAUUGAUACCUUAGAUUGUAAUCACAAAUUUGACAGUAAGGGGUAUA